AUGAUGACAGUUGGAAGUGUGGUUUAUGGUUUAUGGACACUGUUUUGUACUCUGGAGCUUCCUCUGAUACCAGUUUUGGCAGUGAUGGAAAGCCACGGCAUCCGGGUGAACAAAGAAGAAAUGGAGAGGACUUCAGCACUUCUUGGGUCUCGUCUCAAGGAAUUGGAGCAAGAAGCCCAUUUUGUUGCAGGAGAACAGUUUCUUACAACGAGCAGUAAUCAGCUUCGGGAGAUCCUGUUUGGCAAGCUCAGGCUGCACCUGCUCUGUCCAAGGGAGACCUUCCCCAGAACUGGGCUGCAGAGACCCCCGUCCACUUCAGAAGCCGUGAAUAUCCAAGGUAUCUCCAAGCACCCAAUUCAAAUAACUAAACCUCAGAAUUUUAAAGGUGAAGAAGACGAAAUCCUCACCAUCUCUCCGAGGACCGCGUUUGUUUCAUCUGAAGGCCGCACCUUCCUAUCAGCAGACUUUUCGCAGAUCGAGUUGCGCAUCCUUGCACACUUAUCUGGGGAUCCAGAACUUCUGAAGUUAUUCCAGGACUUGGAAAGAGACGAUGUAUUUUCUACCCUGACUUCACAGUGGAAGAACAUUUCCCCAGAGCGCGUGACCCACGCAGACAGGGAGCAGACCAAGAAGGUGGUGUACUCGGUGGUCUAUGGAGCAGGGAAGGAGCGGCUUGCUGCUUGCCUUGGAGUAACUGUUCAGGAGGCUGCCCAGUUUUUGGAGAGUUUUUUGCAGAAGUACAAGAAAGUCAAGGACUUCACCCAAGCAACCAUUGCCCAGUGUCACCAAACAGGCUUCGUGGCGUCCAUCGUGGGCAGGAGGCGACCCCUGCCGCGGAUCCGAGCACGGGACCGGCAGCUCCGGGCACAGGCAGAGCGGCAGGCAGUGAACUUCGUGGUGCAAGGCUCAGCCGCGGACCUCUGCAAGAUGGCCAUGAUCCGCAUCUUCACCGCGGUGGCCGCUUCCCCGACCCUGACGGCCAGGUCACCCUUUGUGGGACUGGGGCUGGGGCUGUGCAAGGCAGCCAAGGACUCGCUCUCCUUGAGGCGUGGUGAGGUCUCCCCAGGUUGCCUGGUGCAGAAAUGCGGCUCCCCAGCCCUCCUCUUGGUGCAUCUGGACCCCUUCUGGUGCAGCCCAAGGGGCACCAUGCGCAGCUGCCCGCCCAGAGUGCACAUCCUGAAUGCGGCGUCCUGGUGUCUGGGCAACAAGGAGCCCUCGUCCCCCACUCUGCUGGCCCAUAGCCACCCCUCCGGGGCACCCGAGGUCCUGGCCCUGGCUGGCCUGGUGACGGUGGGUAACCCCAGCCAGCAGGCCCCAGGCCGGGUUCUCCGCCCCCUGCCGAGCCGCCACCUCCUGAGCACCUUGCACCAGGACCUCGGAGGCCAGGCCAGCCCCGACCCCCGCACUUGCCCCUGUGCCGUGGCCCUGCUGGUUGCCCAGAUUCACGAUGAGCUGCUCUUUGAAGUGGAGGAUUCUCAGAUUCCUGAGUUUGCAGGGAGGCGAGGCUCCCUGUGGCUCCCGGCGGGACACGGGGGCCUCCUGGCCGCCGGCCAGCACUCUGGAGGUACCACCAGCUCUGUGCCCGGAGAGCUCCGGGCCACGACGCCACCAGGGACAGUGACAGCCCUGGUCAGGGGCACCAUGGAGUCCCUGAAGCACGUGCCGGCGCUGGAGCUGCAGCUGCAGGUGCCCCUGAAGGUGAGCCUGAGAGCCGGCCGCUCGUGGGGACACCUGACACCCCUGCAGGAGGCCCCAGGCCCUCGGCCCCACCAACGUCCUGCCGAGUCUCCAAGCAACCACUCAGCCACCCCCGGGCCCCUCGUCAGCGCCAACCCCUAG